AUGUCACUGUCACCGACCAGGGAGCCGCCGUCGUUGCCGAACAGCCCGCUGAAAAUGCUCGAUGGCCCAAAUUUGAAGCGCGUCGAUUACCUGCCCUGGGACGACUACUUCAUGGCCUCGGCGAUAUUGGCAGCUGAAAGAAGCAAAGACCCGACGACACAGGUCGGCUGCGUGAUCGUCGACGCUGACAACAAGAUCAUCGGUACGGGCUACAAUGGGAUGCCCCUUGGAUGUCACGACGAUACGAUGCCCUGGGGGAAGGGUAAUGCUGAUCCGUUGAUGAACAAGCACACCUUCGUUGUUCAUGCGGAGCAGAACGCGAUUUUGAACAGCAUCGGCAAGAUAACUGGCUGCCGACUCUACACGAAGCUUUUCCCCUGCAACGAUUGUGCGAAAUUGAUCGUCCAGUCCAAGAUCUCCGAAGUCAUCUACAUGCUCGAUCGGGAAUCCUGGGAAAUGGAGGCCGCGCGUGUGCUUUUCAAAAGGGUCGGCAUCAAAUUUCGGCACUUUAAAACCCAAAAGAAAGCGGUGACGAUCCACUUCGACCGCGCGUGCUACGAGAACGACGCGAAAUUCGACAAACAAGAUGCU